GAGCCCGCGGGCUUCCUCCCCUGGGGCGGGACGGUCUGCGGCUUCGAGCACUGGCAGGCGCUCUCGGUCCCGGGCCAGGGCGUCCUGCCUCUUGAGCUGGGCGGGAAGCGGGUGCUGGUGAAGAGGCGCGCCUACCUGCUGCCAGCGGAGGCCGGCCACGAAGUGCGGUACCAGCCGACGGUUUCUGGCAGCGGAGGGGCUUUUGGCGAGCCGGUGCCCCCUGGCUCGGUGGUAUCUGGCUUCGCCUGCCACGGGGGCGAACUCCUGUGGGUGCCUGGGAGCGGAUAUCCCAAUCUCCCUCUGGAGGUUGGCCUCACGCAGCCAUUGCAGAAGAAAGAGAAGCCGGAGGUUCAGGGGCACCCUGUGCUGUGGCUGUUGCCUGGUGACCCCCCCGUGCGCUCUCCAGGCAUCCUGACGUGGAUGAUGUUCGACGAUGAGAAGAUGCAUUGGGGAGCUCUGCAAGACCGCUUCAACGAGUCGACGAACGAGGAGAAGGCACAUGCGGCGAACACGGUAUUCAGUUUCCCUGCGCCACCUUGGCCUUCCAAGAGAUAUGUGCAGAUGGACACAGUCAAGGAACGAUUUGCGCGCCACUGGCACAUUUUGCUUUCUGGCCAAUAUUUGCGGCAGGGUCAGGCCCGCUCUCGCUACAGAGUGUCAGCAAGGGAGCACCUGACUUCGUUUGGUCCUAGCAACCUUCGCCCCAAGCAGUGUCCUGGGGUGUCACCGCUUGUCUGGCUACGGAGGGUGGCCCGGCAGGGGUACGACAGCUUCCUCGCAGGCUGA